CGCCCACCAUGUCCCUCUCCAACAAACUUUCCAUCACCGACCUCGACCUCAAGGGCAAGCGCGUCCUCAUCCGCGUGGACUUCAAUGUCCCCAUGCAGGAGGGCAAGGUCACCAACCCCGCCCGUAUCGUAGCGGCGUUGCCCACCAUUAAAUACGCCAUCGAAAAUGGCGCGUCCAAGAUCAUCCUGAUGUCCCACCUCGGCCGUCCGGACGGCAAGCCCACGCCCAAGUACUCUCUAGAGCCCGUCUCCAAGGAGCUCGAGAAGCAGCUCGGCAAGCCCGUCACCUUCGUGCACGAGUCCGUAGGCCCCGAGGUCGAAAAGGCCGUCAGCGAGGCACCCAACGGCACCGUCCUCCUCCUCGAGAACCUCCGCUUCCACAUCGAAGAGGAGGGCUCGAGCAAGGACAAGGAGGGCAAGAAGACCAAGGCGGACCCCGCCAAGGUCCAGGAGUUCCGCGAGGGCCUCACCCGUCUCGGCGACGUCUACGUCAACGACGCGUUCGGCACUGCGCACCGCGCGCACUCGAGCAUGGUCGGCGUGAAGCUCUCCCAGCGCGCGGCCGGCUUCCUCAUGAAGAAGGAGCUCGACUACUUCGCCAAGGCUCUUGAGCACCCCGAGCGUCCCUUCUUGGCGAUCCUCGGCGGCGCGAAGGUGUCUGACAAGAUCCAGCUGAUUGAGAACAUGCUGGACAAGGUCAACUCGCUCAUCAUCUGCGGUGGCAUGGCCUUCACCUUCAAGAAGACGCUUGACAACGUCAAGAUCGGCCAGUCCCUCUUCGAUGCCGCUGGCUCCGAGAAGGUCGCCUCUCUGAUUGAGAAGGCCAAGCAGCGCAACAUCAAGAUCGUAUUCCCCGUCGACUACGUUACCGCAGAUAAGUUCGACAAGGAUGCCAAGACCGGCCAUGCCACCGAUGAGGAGGGUAUCCCCGACGAGUGGAUGGGUCUUGAUGCCGGCCCGAAGAGCCGUGAGCUCUUCCGCGCGACCGUGCUCGAGUCGAAGACCAUCCUCUGGAACGGUCCCCCGGGCGUGUUCGAGUUCGACGCGUUCGCUGCCUCGUCAAAGGCGCUCCUCGAUGCGACGGUUGAGGCCGCACAAAACGGCGCUACCGUCAUCGUUGGCGGUGGUGACACUGCGACCGUUGUCGCGAAGUACGGUGCUGAGGACAAGCUGAGCCACGUCAGCACGGGUGGUGGUGCGAGCCUCGAGCUCCUCGAGGGCAAGACGCUUCCUGGUGUUGCCGAGCUGAGCGAGAAGCAGUGAGUGGACGCCGCGAGGUCUGAGGAGAAUGCCAGAAGUCAAUCUGUUGUAUUCGUAUUAGGACUUGGACAGUCAGAUUGUAAUGCUAGAUAGAAGCUAUGGCCAACCGCCGGAUUAGAAUAAACACCUACCUGUAACGAACU